GGUAACAGCACAUGGCUCAUCCCAGUGAUAGCACUGCGCGCGCAGCUACAGGUAGUGUCCAUGGGUGCCACAACCUUAACAUCUGAAACAAAAGACACAAGGGACUACAGGCGCCUCAUCACUGCUCCAGAGCUCCUACAGUCACGGAGGAAACUUAUAAAGCUGCUUUCUGCUUUUGUUUGGUCGCAUUUUGGAAGCAUUUUUCUAAUCUGAGGUGAACUACUCUGCUGGAUCUGUGUUUACUGUUUUGACGAGGAGCGACGCGAUUUAACAGGUGGAGAAGUCACCUUAAAUCACUCUUCUUACCUUGGGAUUUGACGAGUGUGUGCCGACCUGAUCACUAAAUGGCGCUGACGGUGAACCUUAUUGGUCCUUCGCCAUGGGGCUUCAGAAUAUAUGGAGGAAGGGACUUCAAGAAGGCCAUUACUGUAUCAAAGGUCAACGGGGGUAGCAAGGCAGAGAAGGCCGACAUGCAACCCGGAGACAUUAUCUCUGAGAUCAACGGGGAGAACACGGCCGACAUGCUGAACGUGGAGGCCCAGAACAAGAUCAAGAACUCAAAGACUCAGCUGCAGCUCAUGGUAGAGAGACCCGACCCUCCCAGCUCUGGACAGACCAACGGCACCAUCAGCCCCGAGCAGAUCACCGGACGCUUCCAGGAGGCAGUAAUCGUGAGUAGAGAUGAGAAUCAGAACUACAAAGAGUACACCAUCUCAAGCCCGGCGUCUCUGUCCCCCGGACCUUACUCACCAGAUCCCUUUGGCAGCUCUGACGGGAAGAGGCUGACACCCACCGUCAACAAGAGUGUCACGCUGCGCCCGUGGUCUCCAGAUGAGAAGAGUCACAGGCUGUCCAGACCGCUGUCACAGGAGUUCUCCCCUUCAGACUACAGGAAUAACUCUGUGUCCAGCAGAACCCCCACCCCACCAGGGCGCUACUCCCCCCACAGCCCCAUCGAUCGGGACGUUCCCAUGUCCCCUCGUCGCAGCAGUUCGAGCUCUGACUUUGCCAUGCAGAAGUUCGACAGGGACUCGGAGGUGUACAAGAUGAUCCAGGAGAAUAAGGAGUCUCGCACGGCGCCUCGGCAGUCCAACACCUUCAAAAUGCUGCAGGAGGUCCUGGAGGCCGACGAGAAAGAGGCAGCACUGCGAUUCCCAGGACUUUCGCCCAACAUUCCCAAAUCAAGCUCAUCAGUAGGAGGCGUCAAAAACACCCACACCUGUGAGAAGUGCGGCACCGGCAUUCUCACCCUGGCCGUGCGCAUCUCAGACGACCGCUUCCGCCACGCAGAGUGCUACACGUGCACAGACUGCGGCCUUAACCUCAAGAUGAGAGGUCACUUUUGCGUCGGAGAUGUGAUGUACUGUGAGAAGCACGCCAAAGAGAGGUACCAAGGCCCAGGAACGUCCCCUCAGGCCACCAUCUCCCCCCGCCAGUGAGUCUGCCUCUCCACCCCCCCCCCCCCUCCGCUCCGGACGUAGAGUGCUGCUCGUCUGCCUGAAGCUCCACACCAUCUGACUCAGUUAUAGACCUUGGGAUGGGGCGUGAGGUGGACAAUUGUCAACAAAAUGGCAGAGGAUGUUCUUUUUUUCUGAUCACAUUUAACCAUAUUUUGCAAUAUUAUGAUUCACUUUCUUGCCUUUCUUAUAAUCGUAUGAGAAGUGGGGCUUUGUUUUCCAAAUGGCCUCACUUCAGUUCUUCAUUGUCCCACCGGGAAAAAUUGGGCUAUCAGCAAGUAUAGAUAAAACAAAUAUAGUAAACACAUAACAGUACAACAAUAUAGUUUAUAAAAAAACACACACUUUACGUUAUUCUUCACUUUAAUGUGGCACAGCAGCCAUGGACUAAAGCCACAUCACAAUGGCCAGAUUCACAGAACGCCAACACUUUAGACAAAGUCACCAGGACUGGCUCUCCGAGGAUCUGGAUCUGAAUCAUUUGAAUCUCCUGCUGACGCAAAGGGACCAAAAUCUCACCGACACCUGGCUGCAUGCCAUUUCAAAAUGUACUGUAAACAGCCAGUGCUAAGUGUGUUUGUGUGUGUGUAUGGAUGCAUGCUUUCACGUGCAGUGUGACUGUGUGUGUGCGAGAGAGGGAAGGGAAGUGGGAUCCAAGUUGUUACAGAUGCAAAGGAGUUUGUGAAUUUUGUGCUAGUGUCAGGCCAAAAGCCCUUGAAUUUUUCUAUUUUUCUUUUGUAAGAAGAAUUUAUGAGUAGAAAUAAUGAAAAAAAUAUUUUCUGACUUGUUUUGCUUUGUUGCUUAUGAGGGACUAUAGAUUAAUGCAAAAUAUACAAAUAUUUUUGAUGUUUUUGUGAUUGAACUGUGUUCUAUAAUAUAGACCAUAAUGUAUGCACAGGACAUUUAGUGUGAAAAGAGUUGAUGAUGAUGAUACACUUGUCCAGUUACAGCAGUACUCAGAGAUACACUAUUAUGUUCACAUUUCAUGUGGCACUUAAUAAAAUCGCACAACUUAAAGCUU